AUGGUGCAACAUGGUUUGAAGCAAUUCAAAACCAUCAGAAAAAAUGUGCAUGAUACGGGGGAUUAUCCCAAUGGAAGUGAAGCUAGGAUGAGGAAGUUUGCUGAACUUGUGCAACAAUUCAAUCUUAAAGAGAGGAAACUCAUUCUUGAAUGGAAGACUCGGUGGAAUUCCACAUAUGAUAUGUUGGCUUCAGCAAUCAAGUUUAAGGAGGUAUUCUUUAAACUUGCUUUGGAGGAUAGUGAAUAUGUUUGUUGUCCUAGUAUUGAGGAUAGGAUCAAAAUUGAAAAGUUGCUUGACAUUUUAAAAGUCUUUUAUACUACCACUAAUAUCAUCUCAGGAUCAGAAUAUCCAACUUCUAAUGUGUUUCUUAGUGAAGUUUGUUACAUCAAAGUGAUGUUAGAUAAAUAUGCCAAUUCUUCUGAUGAUUUUGUAAAACACAUGGUAAAAACAUGA